UUUAACAUCACCAGAGAGAGCACAGAAUCAACAAGGGACGGACUUUCAAGCACCUUCAAGAAAGGAGAUCUUGCACACUCAAUGAGUCCUACCAUGAAUGGAAAACUUCACGUUUGAAGAUGAAACUUGGAUUAAGUGGAUUAAAUUUAUCUGCAUAACUGAUAAUAUCUCAUCUGACACGCUCUCAUUGACGCAAACAUCCAGGAGAGGAGCAUUUUCAAAGCUUUUUCUUUUUAACCCUACAUAUAUUUUAAAGUGAUUUGGAGACUGUAAGUACCUGAUCAUGGCUGAGGAGAGACUUAUUCACAGGUUGAAGACAACUUGGAUGGUAUUUCUCAUGCAAGUUUUGUGUGUGAGGGGCAUUAAGCUGUGGGAAGUGCCCACUGCCCCAUUCGUACCCCAUGCCAACCUCAGCACAAGACUGUUUUGGGAGCCACAGUGCCAGACUCAGCUACGCCAUCUACAGAACGAAGCAAGAAUCACAGCCACCAUACCACCCAAACUGGAGGGCAACUGGGUGUCAAGCAGAUGUGAAGUGCGACCUGGCCCAGAAUUCCUCACUCGAUCCUACACAUUUUACCAAAGCCCCACACGUCUCUUCAGGGCCCUCCAGCACUACUACUCUGACAGCGAGUGCCACAUCUCAACCUACUCGCUUGUGAUCAGGGGUAAAUUGCGGCUACGCCAGGCCUCGUGGAUCACCCAUGGAGCCACUGAAGCAGAGCACCACCUCCAUAAAGUAGGAAUGGUCAUUCACAGCCAGAAGGCCGUUCAUCAUCUCGCUACCCGCCUGCCCUCUUCCUGCCUGGGGCUCAAAGCUGGAGGACACCUGGUGCCUCAUCGCUUCUAUGAACUCUUCAAUGCCAAAGCAGAGAAAGACUGCCUGGGUGCUCUUGGGUUAUCCAUGAUGGAACUGGAGUUGCUGCGGGUGGAGACCCAUCACCAUCCUCACAGCAGGCCGGCUCAGGAGAUGUUUUUAGGGGAUGUGCACACAGACUGGAACGAAAGGGUGCACCACAGACCGACUGGUUACCAAGAGCCUCUGCAAAAUGCUAUGCACCACAUCCACCCAUGCCCAGUGUGUGCCCUGGUAUACCGAUCCUCUGAACAGCAUCCACCCAUUCUUCCUCAAUCCCCUUCCAUCCCUCUGGAUCUAAAUGGAAACUGGGUGAGCCAACGCUGCGAGUCCCGUCCAGCCGUCUUCUUCCUCACUCGCCUUUUUGUUUUCAACGAGGAGCAACGCACUUGGGAGGGCACCUACCAACAUUACACCGACCCAGUGUGCCGCCAGCCCAGCUUUACACUAUUGGCAUCAGGUCAUUAUGCUAAAGUGGGACAGUCCGUUAAAGUACGUGGGGCCACCGAGCUUAUCUUCAAGGUGACACGAGCAAAAGUGAUCGUGUAUGACCAAGCACUAUUGCGGGAUUUUAAUUCAACGCAAAAUAGAAGAUGUGGUCAGGCGGGUGGGUGGGAGACGGGUGUUGAGCAAGACAUAACCUGGACGGAUGGUUGCGAAGCAUUGGGGAUACGACUUCCACAUAAAGAGUACGAGCUGUUUAAGAUGGGAGUGGAUCAUAAAGGGCGCCCCCUAUUGUUCAGUGGAGAAAGGCCCAUGGAUGGAUCCAGCCCAGAUCGACCUGCAAAAAGGCCAACGUCCUUUCAGACACCAAUGGUGCAAUGCAGCACAAGGGUUGGGGUGGAGCCACGCUACAGUUCCUACAGUGAUCAUUCAACAGGACCAGAGAUAAGCUCCGCUAAUGCACUGCACUCUUCGUUGAUUCUGUUGACCAUUCUAAAUGCAUGGUGCUGGAAUAUUUAUGUUUUCUAAAAUAUGACGUGCCAUUCACGCUCACUGAUCAAAAUCUGACCCAUUUAUUACGGGCAUUGUACAAUCUGAUAGACUGGAGGAGGAUUGUUCACUUCGGUGCUAUAACAAAACGCUUGCUGCAAAUGCUCUGAAAUAUGACACUUUUUUUAUCUGAGAUUUUCAUAAAGCAAGAUUUUACAUAGAAACCGCCCUUUAAUCAUAUGGUAUAUCAACAUAAAUUUUUGAUGUCUGUCAUUUGGAGCAUUGUUAUAUAUGAACUCCAGAAGAAUGCUACAUGGAAACCUGAUUGUUCUGUAGAAA